GUCAUUUUCUAAGUCGUGAUUUUUAGGUUAUAUCGAGUUAUAUCGUAACAAUAAUUAUUGCAUUUAACACAAAUUUUAAUAGAAAUAAAUAAAAAAUGCGCAUAACGCAAGUGUUAAACAGACAACAUAUUGGUUUUAUGUUUAAAAAGCAUUGGAAAGUACAAGGAAAUCGCGUUCCUAUCGAGAGUGGCGUUGAACAGAAGUUAAAAGCCAGAGGUAUUCCUGUUGUGGAUGCUCUCGAGUAUGUUAAGCCAAAGCCCGAGUAUACAGAACCCAUUGAAAUAGUCGGUCAGUAUGAAACACCACUACCACUCGACGUUAACCAUCCAGACUAUAAAGAAAGACCAUGUUAUACCCUUAAGAGCAACAACGUAUUACUUGAAGGGGUUUCUCAGGCUCAAGUUCUUACUAAAACAAUCAUAGCAGAAGAUAUACUGCCAUCAAAAAUUGAAGAAUUGGCAACAGUUCCCGCACCUAAAGCUUUGCACGAAUGCGUGAAAAAAGCAAUCUUAUCUGCAAAUGUAUUUGAUUGUGAACAAGAGAAGUUGCCUAAAAUUAAGGAUCCUGAAAGGCCAGCUUAUAAUUUCCCAAGAAUAUUGGGAAUAACGGACAGGAGACGAAACUUAAUCUUAACGAACAAACUUCUUCAACUAGUGGAACGCAGUAGCGACUCUGAAGUCACACAAACAAAAUAUGUGUCCAAUGAUGUUGAGAGCCACACAACCUUCGACAAGGAGGAUGAACUCAUCCAGUUCCAAGACCUGUCACACAUAUUGGUCACAAGCAAUAAGCCUUUGAAGCAUGACGUUGCUGGGAGUGAUAUACCAUAUGUCGAAAUACCUGACUUGUACCCUGUCAAACAUACUGCCACUCUGCCUCCUGAACAUUUUUAUACUGAGAAGAGCAUAUAUCCAUUCAAACCAACCGUAUCUGUGAAGCACCCGCACACAACAUGGCUCCAUUUCAACCAGACUGAAGUGAACAACAUCUACGAGACACUUGUCACUCCUAACCAAGUCUUGGGCAGGUCGCUCACGCACGCCUUCACAGUUGCCACUGCGUACGCCAAGCAACUUCAUGGGGAGAAUGUAAAGGAUUUACCUGAACCAGUAUACGUCAACUGCAUCCAAACUGACGGCCAAUUGUACCAUUUCGGAGUUUUCGAACUGAACACUUUAAAUGUCGAUGGCAAGGAAGGCACAAAAAAUGUAUGGUACUGCAGGAACAACAUGAAACUGUAUGACUCCAGCCGAUACUUCAGCGGGAUGCCCGUUUUAGAAAACUAUAACCCUAAAGUAUACGGAUAUAUCAAUGCCUUCUAUAACUGUUAAGAUAUUGUAGUUUCUGUAGCAAAUAAUAAUCGUAGGACUAAA